AUGGGAGAAGAGUGUGAACGCAGACAGGAGCUUCGGCUUCUCACUGCACCUGCCACCCUGCCGUGGCCGGGCCAUCUCUGCCACCCUGACCGACCCCACCCCACCCCACCCCGGCUGCCGCACCGUCUGCAUGAGCACACGGGCACAGGCCAGCCCCCCGCGUCCCCCCAGGACACAGACACAGGCGGCGGCUCCUCGGCCUCCCCGGCCACCCGCUCCCCAGACGUGGCCGCCGUGGCGGUGCCCGUGCUGUUCCUGGUCCUGCUGAGCCUGGGCGCGGGCUUCGCCGUCCUGUACACCAAGCACCGCCGGCUGCAAAGCAGCUUCUCCGCCUUCGCCAGCAGCCACUACAGCUCCAGGCUGGGCUCGGCCAUCUUCUCCUCCGGGGACGACCUGGGGGACGACGACGAAGACGCUCCCAUGAUCACUGGAUUCUCAGACGACGUCCCCAUGGUGAUCGCCUGAAGGAUCCGGCCUCACUAGAAACCAAAUGGUGUAAAUAUUUUAUUUGAUAAAGAUAGCUGAUGGUUUAUUUUAAAAGAUGCACUUUGAGUUGCAAUAUGUUAUUUUUAUAUGGGCCAAAAAAAAAAACACAUAAAACAGAACAACAAAAACAACCUGGAAAGAGAAAGAGUAAACUUUGUAGCGAUCAACUGUGAGCUUCAGACAGGCCUGAUCUCAGCCACCAAACUGCUUUCGCCUUGACAUUCCUGCCGUCCACAGGGCUGUGCUGGCCGGGCGAGCUUCAUGUCUGUGAGAUUCUUUGGGUCAAUAAACCAGCUAUUCUCUUA